AUGGCUGUUCCACGCUACGCCUACAUCAUCUCCAAGAACCUCGACCCAGUCUUUGCCUUGUUCAUUGGAGCAUCUGCAGCAGUUGUUCGCAUCAACCGCGACGAGAAAGAGAAGGGCAAAACAACACAAGACACGAUCGAGUCACUGAAGAGAAGAAUUGGGAAAGCCACUGGCCUAAGUUCAUGA